GCGCGGUGCGGGGCUGGUCUUCGAGUCUGGUCGACACACUCGAGCUGCGGACAGGCUUCGUCGCCUUCGCCUGGUCCUCCGCCGCCCCUGAGGGCUGUCACGAUGAAUCCGGACCUGCGCCGAGAGCGGGCCGCCGCCAGUUUCAACCCGGAGCUGCUCACGCACAUCCUGGACCACGGGCCGCAGAACACCAGGCGCCGCCGAGAGAUCGAGAACCUGAUUCUGAACGACCCAGACUUCCAGCACGAGGACUUGAACUUCCUCACGCGCAGCCAGCGAUACGAAGUGGCUGUCAGGAAGAGUGCCACCUUGGUGAAGAAGAUCAGGGAGUUUGGCAUCUCAGACCCCGAUGAAAUCAUGUGGUUUAAAAACUUUGCGAACCGAGGGCCGUCGCCUCUGGAUCUUCACUUGGGCAUGUUCCUGCCCACCCUGCUGCACCAGGCAACUGCAGAACAGCAGGAGCGCUUCUUCAUGCCCGCCUGGAACUUGGAGGUCAUUGGCACUUACGCCCAGACAGAGAUGGGUCAUGGAACUCAUCUUCGAGGUUUGGAAACCACAGCCACUUAUGACCCGGAAACCCAGGAGUUUGUUCUCAAUAGUCCAACUGUGACCUCCAUCAAGUGGUGGCCUGGUGGACUUGGAAAGACUUCGAGUCAUGCGAUAGUGCUUGCCCAGCUGUACACCAAGGGCAAAUGCUAUGGAUUACAUGCUUUCAUUGUACCCAUUAGAGAACUUGGAACCCACAAGCCUUUGCCAGGCAUCACAGUUGGAGACAUUGGCCCCAAAUUUGGCUAUGAUGAGAUGGAUAAUGGCUACCUGAAGAUGGACCAUUACCGUAUCCCCAGGGAAAACAUGCUGAUGAAGUACGCCCAGGUGAAGCCUGAUGGCACCUACGUGAAACCUGUGAGUAACAAGCUGACCUACGGGACCAUGGUGUUUGUUAGGUCCUUCCUCGUGGGGGAAUCUGCUCGCUCUCUGGCUAAGGCGUGUACCAUCGCCAUCCGAUACAGCGCCGUGAGGCGCCAGUCUGAAAUCAAGCCCAGUGAGCCGGAACCACAGAUUCUGGAUUUUCAGACCCAGCAGUACAAACUCUUUCCGCUGCUGGCCACCGCCUAUGCCUUCCAUUUCGUAGGCAAAUACAUGAAGGAGACCUACCAUCGGAUCAAUGAAGGCAUCGGCCAGGGGGACCUGAGCGAGCUGCCCGAGCUUCACGCGCUCACCGCCGGGCUGAAAGCCUUCACCUCCUGGACCACAAAUUCCGCCAUCGAGGCCUGUCGGAUGGCUUGUGGCGGGCACGGCUAUUCGCACUGCAGCGGGCUUCCCAACAUUUACGUCACCUUCACCCCGACCUGCACCUUUGAGGGAGAGAACACUGUCAUGAUGCUGCAGACGGCCAGGUUCCUGAUGAAAAGUUAUGAGCAGGCGCAGUCGGGGAAGUUGGUGUGCGGCAUGGUGUCCUACCUGAAUGACCUGCCCAGCCAGCGCAUCCAGCCACAGCAGGUAGCAGUCUGGCCAGCCUCAGUGGACAUCUGCAGCCCCGACAGCCUCACCGAGGCGUACAAACUCCGUGCGGCCAGAUUAGUAGAAAUUGCUGCGAAAAACCUUCAGACUGAAGUGAGUCACAGAAAAAGCAAGGAAGUAGCGUGGAACCUGACUUCCAUCGACCUCGUCCGAGCAAGCGAGGCGCAUUGCCACUAUGUGGUAGUUAAGCUCUUUACAGAACAGCUCCUCAAAAUUCAAGAUAAAUCCAUUCAAACUGUCUUAAGGAAUUUGUGUCUCUUGUAUUCUCUGUAUGGAAUCAGUCAGAAAGCAGGGGAUUUUCUUCAGGAGAACAUCCUGACAGGCUCGCAGAUCACCCAGGUGCACCAGCGCGUCAAGGAGCUGCUGACUGUCAUUCGCCCGGAUGCUGUUGCUUUGGUCGAUGCGUUUGAUUUCCAGGAUGUGUCGCUGGGCUCUGUGCUUGGCCGCUAUGACGGGAAUGUGUAUGAGAACUUGUUUGAGUGGGCCAAGUCUUCCCCGCUGAACAAAUCGGAGGUCCACGAGUCCUACUACAAGUACCUGAAGCCCCUGCAGUCCAAGCUGUGAGCCCAGCAGCGAGUUUACUCUGCUCCAGAGAGCAGCUGGCCUCCUCCACUCGCAGCACGUCACACAGAUCUGCGCAGAAUCUUUAUCGGAUCAGAGCUGUCGGGCGAACGAUAAAUUGACCCUUUUCCUCUAUAAAUGAAGAAAAAAAUGAACAGUUUUCAGAUUAAAUGAAAGAACAACUGUGUCUUAAGUGCAAUUAACAUUGAAAGAGGCCUGUUAAGCAUUCAGCAAAAAACUUAAAGUGCAGUAUGUCUUCCCUUUGCUACGCCCCUGGUCCCAGUAGGCCAAAAUGUUGACAAUUUGUAGAAUUUAACUACUAAGUAGUUAAUGAUUUCACAUAUUAAUUGCUAAUCACUGGAUAUAUGUGUUUUUAAGCAAAGGUAUUUUUAAAGUGGGGUAGAACCCUUCUAAGCUUUCGGCUAAAUACCCUACUGCUCCCACACAGGCCCUGGCUUAAAAGCAGGACUGAAGAAAACGGGUUGGGGGAAUGGACUAAUCAGGAAUUCGGUGUGGGCGGUUUGUGCCUGGCACACGCCUGCCGGCUCGCUCCGGUCGCGGACGUGGUGUUUUCAUUUGUCCGUAGAAGCAUCUCUCCAGCACGAGGAUUUCUUCAGCAAGAUCACUGUCCUGUGUGACUGAGCAUUAAUCUUUCAUUUGAAGGAUCCUUCAAUUGUCACUGUAGGAAUAGUAACACUGCAACUCCCUUCGUCCUCAGCUUCUUGGGGAGAGGUAGGUAGCAAAGUUAUGAACACAUAGGACGUUUGACGACCGCUGGGACUUCAGUCAGUGGUGUUUGAGCCCCCCCUCCCUUAACCUCCUGAAAAGAGGCGCUGAGGAACGGAGACCGAAGUCACAGGUCCUCCUGGGAGAGGAGUCAGGGGGGCUCGCAGGUGCGCUCGCUGCAACUAGUGGCCCUGUUGGUGGCCUGGGACAAUCCAGAUCUCAUGUCGGAGUUCUGUCGUUUCGGCCCAGACCAUUAAACAGCUCGGAGGUGACAGUGCCCGGUGUGAUGCAAGUAGCAGAGUCACUCAGGUUACUGUCACACCCAGCAGUAGCACAGAAAGGUCGCUUGCAAACCACGCGUUCUGAUCUUUGGAUUGGAAAAUGCAGUGGAAACUAUAAAACAGAAGUUCCAUAGACUCUACUAUAUAUCUGGCUUUAUUUUCAGUAUGUUUCUAGGGGCUUUAUCUGAAUUGCCGAAUUGUCCUUUCAGCUGAAAUCUAAUGAACACAAUCAUACAAGGUAAACGUACCUCUUAACAAAGUUUAUUCUUAAAAUCAGUGUAAACCAGCAUGUCCUUGAUUUCUUUUUUAACCUGUACCUGUGACAUCUGCCUCCUGAGGCCCGUUGUUCUGGAGUCAGUCUCGUGAACAUGGUGUCAUUCAGCAGAAAUGCACUUCCUGUCGUGGUGCCUGACAUACAGUCUGUCCCAGCGGAACUGGUAACCUGAGAUUUUCAGUCUGGCAGAAAUACUUUCUGUUGACACAAGCCUUAAUCUUUUCACCAGGAGAGUAAAUUGAUCAUUGUGUUAAGGUUGAAGUAUAAAAAAGCACUAUGUUAACGUCAUUGGGGUUCAUCUUAACGGUAGUUCAGGUUCUGGGAAAUAGUGGAUUUAAAUUGCUUAAUAUCUGUUAAAUGUAGAAUUGUUUCAAAAUUAGUAUUUAAAUACCUUACAGAUGAAUAUCUGUAAUCACGAUCUGAGGGUGUUUGAAAUGACAUGAACCUAAUAAAAAACUAAAUUUGA